UUAUCCAUACUUCCUUGUCCUAUGUGGGCGCCGAGCGGCGGUGGCCGCGCUGCCAGUCGUGGUGCCACCUCCGUCCCCCUGCACCGCGGCGCCCGCGGCCGAUGCCAGCUUCUUCCUGGGAUCCAUCACAGCCCCGAUGCCCGUACCCGUCUGAGGAACGCUGCCCCCCGGCGGCCGGGAGAGGCUGAGAGAUGGCCGAGGGGGAAAUCACCACCUUCACCGCCCUGACUGAGAAGUUCAACCUCCCCCCGGGGAACUACAAGAAACCCAAACUCCUCUACUGCAGCAACGGGGGGCACUUCCUACGCAUCCUCCCGGACGGCAAAGUGGAUGGGACCAGGGACCGAAGCGACCAGCACAUCCAACUCCAGCUGAGCGCGGAAAGCGUGGGAGAGGUGUAUAUAAAGAGCACCCAGUCUGGGCAGUACCUGGCCAUGGACACCAACGGGCUGCUCUACGGCUCGCAGUUACUGGGGGAGGAGUGCCUGUUCCUGGAAAGGAUCGAAGAAAACCAUUACAACACCUACGUCUCCAAAAAGCACGCGGAUAAGAACUGGUUCGUAGGUCUGAAGAAGAACGGGAGCUGCAAGCUGGGGCCGCGGACUCACUAUGGCCAGAAGGCGAUCCUCUUCCUCCCGCUGCCCGUCUCGGCUGACUAACCCCAUCCCUGGAGCUCAGAGACCACCCGAACCCCAAAACCCAACCAACGCCACCUCCUUUUCCCUCGCUCGCUCUCUUUUUGGCCAGCAGGAGAGAGCCAAACGUUAGAGCUCCGAGCUUUAGGUCAAGGCUUUACCAAAAAUAGCCAACGCAGAGCUCCCCGGCUCUGCACGAUGCUUUGCAGAGAGGAGGGGGAAAGCCCCCACACCCUCGCAGGGUCCCCAGCACCCCCCGUUCCCCCUCGGUGUGUGAACACCCUGCAGCUCCUGGGGACACCCCCAAACCUGCCAACCCAGAAACAGGGAACCCCCGAGGAUGCUCCAGAUACCAGGAAAAUUCACACUUCUACUGUCCCCACUUCAUUCUAACCCAAAACCUCUCUGGUACUCUGCAUUAACAUAUUUAUCCAUCUAAGUAUGUAUCUUCUAAUGUGCCCUUCAAUCAUUUCGGAUUGCACUAUCAGCCUUGUUGUCGAGUGCCAGGUUGGGUAAAUGCUGCCGGCAUCCUCGGCGUGUGAAGCUCAACCAGCAUCAGCCAAAAGCUCCACAGACCUCCCAGCCUCCCUUCCAGUUGCUGUAUUUCAUGCUAUUCCCUGCCCUAUGUCAUUUGUAUUUAUUUAUUAAGUAAACGUGUCCCUUCUACAGUC